AGGGGAAAAGAAGCAAUAACAAACAAAGCUAACAGCAAGCUAGCUAACGUAACUUUGAGAAAUCGAGCACACAGGCAAAGUGUCUCCUUCACGGUGGACAAACAUAUUAUUUGUUUAUAUACUACUAACCGUGUAUGAUAGUGAUGCACAUGGACCACAAAGAAGGCAUAUAUUAAUCUGCCACGUAAUGUUAACUGGCAUCUAACAUCUGCUAACAUUAGCCAGACGUCAGCUAGCUAGAUAGCUUACGGUAAUCCCUCCUGUCUUUUUCUUGUGGAAUUAUACGAUUGUCGAGAAAGUAGCUAGACGUACAGAACAACUAAUUUGAUAGUUCUUACACGACAUGUGAGAAACCCAAGUGAGACGACUGAGGUUAAGAUUACAACCCUCACGGUGCCGAUUUUAGCAGGAUAAAAAGUUUAGUGCAACCAAGGAUGGCUCCCCUUGGUGUGUGGCGCGUAGAAGCUCGGAUGAGUAUCAUUAUAGUGGUUUUCUGCAGCGUACUGGUUCCCUUACCCACAAAUGCCUAUAUCUAUGCUCAUUAUAGCAAUAUGACCUCCAUGUUGUUUGAGGACCUGCCUGCCUUUUUUGGCUCCCAACUUCCUAAGGAUGGACUAAUGGGAAUUUUGGUGGCGUCUCGCCCACUCAAUGGCUGUACAGCAAUAGACCCUCCCCCUCCAUUGCCACUAUCUUAUGAUGCCAACACCACCAAAUUCAUCGCUCUCAUCAGACGCUAUGAAUGCAAUUUUGAUAUAAAGGUCUUGCAUGCACAGCAGGCUGGAUACAAUGCUGUAAUCGUUCACAACAUGUACUCCGACACGCUGCUCAAUAUGAACUUCAGCAAUGACACUAUUGCAGAGGAAAUUUGGAUCCCCUCUGUAUUCACCAGCUACUAUGCCUCCCAAAUUCUCAGGAAUUACAUAAUUCCAGAACAAGGGGCCUAUGUGAUCCUCAAGCCGGAGUUUGCGUUUCCACUCUCAUACUACCUUAUUCCAUUCACUGGAGUGGUUGGCAUGAUCAUUCUAGUGAUGUGUGUCGUCUUGAUUAUUCGAUGUGUACAGUACAGAAAAAGGCUGAUGAAAAAUCGUUUGUCCAAGGAACAACUGAAGCGGAUUCCAACCCACAAGUUCAGGAAAGGGGACGACUAUGAUGUGUGUGCAAUCUGUCUGGAUGAUUAUGAAGAAGGUGACAAGCUGCGAGUAUUACCUUGUUCACAUGCUUACCACUGCAAGUGUGUGGACCCGUGGCUCACACAGACCAAGAAGACGUGUCCUGUGUGCAAACAGCGCGUUACUCGCAGCAACGCAGAGCACUCCGAGUCCGAGUCUGAGGAGGAAACCGGAGGACGUGGGGGGGAAGAAGGAACGGGGGGCGAAGCAGACUCGGAGCGCACGCCUCUGCUCCGACCGUCCCCCUCAGGGAGCCCAGGGGCCUAUUCGGCCACCACCACUACUGCCCAGUGCCUUGCCUCCCCUCCACACUGCGACUCACCCAUCCUGGCUUAUGAAGGCUACCAAUCCCCCACAGACGACACAGACUCAGACAGUGAGGACGCAGGAGAAGACAGGCACCACACUGAUGACGACCUCGCUCAGCUGGUAGGGAUGUAGUGGAGAUCUGAUGCCUGGACCAUAGCUGCAACAAGAUUACUUAGUUUGACCUAAAAAGGGUCUUUGUGUCAUCAGGCGUGCUAUCCCACUGUACUUUAAAAUAGUUUGCAGAUUUGUGGUAACACAUUUAUUAUAACAGAAUGUUUUACCCAGUAGCCAGAGGAGGUCUACUUGUUAGUGUCGAAGCACACGCAGCAUAUGUAUUGAAGAGUUUUACCAAAAUCCAGCAUUGAGCAUCCAGCCACUAAUAUACACAUGUUCCCUCCAAUACUCCUAAAUGUGUCUGUAGACCUCCUGUUUUAAAGCAUGUUUUUAAAUUAUUUAACAUGCCACGCAACCUAACCAAUAGUGCUGCAAAAAAAGAAUGGGCCUCUUAAAUCUAAUGUGCUGUUUAAAUAAGAGUGUAAAGCUUGUGUUGCUACACCAAAUUAAUUCUGUGUUCACACUAAAGUAGAUCUUCUAGAUUCAAGAUUCACAAUCCUUUGUUAUUCCCACAAUGGAAAAUUCCCACUGUUCAAGGUUCUCUUUGUAAGGUAAGUGCAGUAUGAAGAAUCUCUAUUGUUUGAAUCUUAAUUGCUUUAUAUUUGACAGUCUUUACCAGCUGUUUCUGAACAAGUGGAGAGGAAAUGUUUGUUCUAUCUUUUAAUCCAUUUAGGUCUUUUUUUUAAAAACAUUUUUUCAAGCUAUAGUUAAGGUCUCUGAAAUGUCAGAUUAACUCAAAUUCUACAGUAAAUUACGCUAUAAUAGAAUUUAGCAAUACUGCCAUACAUUUCUGCUGCUUUUACAUUGUUAUUGAUAAUACUGUGUGGUCAGUUUGAGAAAAAAUAUCUUUAGCUUUAUCCAGUUUGUCGAGUUGAACAAACUCAGGUUUUCUAGCAUCAAAUUAAAGGUCAGUCGAUAUUGUAAAUCAAUUCCACAGUGAGAAUUAACUGAAGUUGGUCUUAUAUAUUGUUUUACCUUGUUUGAAUCAGUAAAAUAUAGAUUCACGAAUAUUUAUAGAUGUUUUCAAUUUUUUUUAUACAUACCACAGAAUGAUAACAUGUUGAAUCAUGGGACCCUCGAGGUAUUUUUAGGAAAAAAGAGCAUUGUCUUACAUUGGCCUUGAUGCACGUGUGUAUGUUAAAUGUUUGGAAACUGAAGGGACAGAAUUCACACUCCUUUUGUUUUCCUCUAUCUAGCCAGUAUUUAAAACUACUGGUUAGAAAGAUUUGAUCUUGUCCCUGUGUUUUCUGUAAACGCGCUCAACAUAUGUUUUUGUGGUGACGAAAAAAAGAGAAACAGCCUUUGUUUCCACAUUUGUAAUGUUAGUAAUGAUACAGACAGACAGCUUAGACAGGCUUGAUUUGCACCUGAAAGUUUGGACAAGCUCAGCGGCUGUCAAAUUAGAUUUGGUUUCUCUCUUUAAUAAAAUGACCUAGAUGGGGUCCACGCUGUUAAAUUACAUAAAGAGCAGUACGAGUAGAAACCUUAAAAAGUCGUUGCAGCCAAACUGUUGCACUGCUCCAGAUAAAUGCACAGCGUUUACCUUGGUCUCACAUUGUAUAUUCACAACUGGAAU